AUGGUAGAAGACACCGAAACGAGGACCAAAGGAGGCAGAAAAGGCAAGAACACCCAGGUUCGGGUCGAUAAUAAUGCCACGAGCGAGAACGAGCCGGAGGCCAUCAAUGAUGAAGCCGACGAAGACACCGAUUCCGACUCCGACUUUGAUGAUGGUGACAAGCGAUAUAACUUUCGCACCCUAGCAAAGCUCCUCGAACCCGUGCCAAAGCUCACGUCACGAAACUAUCAUAGCUGGAGCGCCCACGUGAAAUCUUUCCUCCGAUCCGUGCCUCAUGCGAUGAAACAUCUCGAGGGAACGUACGACAAGAAACACCCGAAAUGGAGCCGCUCCCUCGACGAUGCUUUAAUCAACGCCCUGCGUGGAACAAUCGACACUACCGGAGAACACAAUGUAAAUUACCUCGUUCUAGAUGUAAUCAAGGAGUACCUUACUUUCAACCAAGUGUGGAGAAAGAUCGAAAACGGUCUCACGAAUGAAGCCACCAAGACGUCUCACAGACUUGCGCUUAUCUCGCAACUCAACGAUACAAAGAUGUUUAACUCGGACGCCAGAAAGCUAAUUCAAGAGAUCCGGUCCAUACAAACCGAAAGCAGCCUCCUCGGCAAACCAUUCGCCGAUGAUACAUUGUUCUCGGCUCUGCAGAAAUGCACGAUCCGGCAUCCGGUGUACAAGGAGACGGUUGCCACCAUCCAUCAAAUCGAUUUCAACGCCCUUGCCACCGCACUAAGCAUCCGGCAGACCGCUGUCGAGAGCGUCCCCGCACAAAGGAUCGACCCUCGACAAGCCAGUGCUAGAACCGCCGGCAACGACGAUCAAAACGAACGGGCCGGAGAGACCGAAGCCGAAGCCGACAACAGCCACGCGAGCUCGAGGAACGCAAGCAAGUCACGCCGAAUCCGAUGCUGGGUCUGCAAGCGACCGGGACAUGGUAUCAGUCAAUGCGACGCCUUGGACCCCUCGAACACAAAAGAAACAGCUCAUUGGCUCUUGGACUCGGGGGCGAGUUACCAUAUGGUGAACGACUACAGCAUGCUCAUCCACCCGAGAACUUGCCGAAAGUGGAUAAUUACCGCCAGAAGCGAGGUCUUGGAAGCGGCAGCUAUAGGAGAUGCAAGCAUAUCAACAGAUUACGGGGAAAUCUCUCUGCAAAAUGUAUUGUAUGUAAAGCACCUUAAUGUUAACCUUCUGUCAACAAAUUCAUUAACGGAUGAAGGAGCACGAGUGAUAUUGGACACAACCGGCAGCCAAAUUUUUCUAACAAACGGCAUGACACUUAAGAUUGCAAAGAAUCGCGAGCGAGGACUUCUGGAGUUCCGAGGUGACACAUGGCAAGAAAGCGCAAUGGCCACAUCAGCACCAUUGUUUGAAGGUGUUGAUGAGGAGUUCGAGCAUAUUGAGAAUGAGCCGAAAGUUUCAAAACAACAACUAUGGCAUGAGCGUCUCGGGCACCCAGGAAGAGAUAAAGCCAAGGCGAUCACAACCAAGUUAAAGGAUAAGCAUACCAUGAAAUUGGAUCCAAACACCACUCUGACGUGUGAGCAGUGCGUACGAUCCAAGAGCACAAGCGCUCGGAUGGGGAAAGGUAGCGGCGAAAGAGCCGUAGGGCCCCUGGAUCUUAUCCACGUCGAUCUAAUAAUAGACUCGUCCCACGUGACGGAGUACACAUGCACGUUGGUGCUGGUCGACGAUCAUAGCAAGUAUGUGUAUGCACAGCCAUUGACACGAAAGAGUCAUGCCUUUAUGCAACUCAAAAGGAUUGUUUCGUUCCUGGAGACACAGACGGAUCGGAAGCUAAAAACGAUCCGAUCCGAUCAAGGAACGGAAUGGAAAAGCAAUGAUGCAUUAGAAUGGUCGUUAGAAAAGGGCAUAGAGUGGCAAACCACCGUAGGGUACAACAGCAAACAAAAUGGACGGGUAGAAAGAAUGAACAGGACCCUUGGAGAGAAGAUGAGAACGUUGCUAAUGCAGAGGAGACUACCGAAGAAGUUCUGGCCAUACGCGAUCAGAGCUGCGGCGUUCAAAAUAAACCUCACUCCGAGCGUUGAUAAUGAAUUCCCUUAUCAAGCGAUGUUUGGCAAGUCGCCGGAACGAGCUUUAAAGCUCCUACGAGUGUUUGGUUGUCUGGCAUGGGUAAACGUACCCAAAGUUAAACGGGACAACAAGAAACUGGACCAGCGAGCCGUCGCAUCCAUUUUCUUAGGGUACAGUCUAGAAAGGAAGGGCUGGCUCUUCUACAGCCCGGACUACAAUCCGAACAUCUUCUGGAGCAACUCAGCAAAAUUCAUGGAAUCAAAGUGCUGGUCAGACAGAACAGAGUGGCGACCGGUUGACACAAAGGCACCCCCAAUGAUGAUGACAGAGGAAAAUUUCGAAGAUCUAGGAUACAAUAAAGAAAAUAUAUUCGACGAAACAGAUGAAGAGCCACUACGAGAAUACAUGGAUAUGGAGACAGAUUCGGAAGAAAGAUUAAGCGAAGGAACAGCGGAGGUGAUGGAACAAGGACCAAUCGCCGAAACUCAAAUUGACAGCGAAUUCUAUGGACUCGUAGCGACGCGACCGGAAUGGAGAAAGAACCUGGACCCAACCAUACAUGAAGCAAUGAGUGGAAAGGACAGAAAACACUGGGAGGAGGCCAUGCGAAAGGAGCUGGAUGGAUUGGAGGCGAUGGGCACAUGGGAGAUAGUCGACCUCCCAAAGGGUGCAAAUACUGUCGACACACGUUGGGUACUCAAGAUCAAAACCGAUGCAAACCUCGUGCCGACAAAGUUCAAAGCCCGGCUCGGCAUCGACUAUACAGAGGUCUUUGCACCAGUAGCACCCAUCCAAUCCAUUCGAGGGGUGAUCGCUGUCGCAGCAGUACGAGAUUGGGAAAUGGAUUCUAUCGACGUAAAGCAAGCGUACCUGAACUCCACUAUACACCAUGAUGUAUACCUCAAGCCCCCAGUAGGAAUCGAAAUGCCACCCGGAAAAGUGUUGAAGGUAGUGAAAGGACUGUACGGUCUGAAACAAUCGGGCCGAGAAUGGAACAUUGAGUUAGACUCACAUCUCCGGACGAUCGGAUUCCAUUGCAUGCCGAGCGCACCAUGCCUAUACUCAAGAGGGACAGGCGACAAGAUCACGAUCAUCACAGCAUACGUGGACGACAUGCUAAUAACAUCACCCAGUCGUGAUGAAGUAGAUCGCGCAAAGCGAGAGAUCAUGGACAAAUGGGAGACACAAGACAAUGGAAGGGUCAAAGAGUUUCUGGGUAUCAAGAUCACACGUGAUAGAAGACGGAGGAGGAUAUCUCUGGGUCUAACGGCAUACAUCAAGGAAAUGGUGAACAAAUGGUUAGGAGGAGCAAACGAGAAAUCUUGGGUACCCAUGCUGAGUGUAGCGAACGUUGCCGGAGGCGAGCGAUGUGAACCUCAGCGAGCAAAGAAGUAUCAAGAAUUGGUCGGCCAACUAUUAUGGGUCUCCAACACAGCCCGACCAGAUAUUGCCUUUGCCGUCGGCGUAUUGGCGCGAUAUAUGUCGAUCCCGAUCGACAGUGCAUGGAAGGCAGCCAUCCACGUGGUAAAGUACCUGAACCAAACGAACGAAUAUCAGUUGCACCUAGGAGGGGAGACAAACGAGCACUCGGAUACACCGGUAACGACGUAUACCGACGCAAACUGGGCAUCCGACCCCACAAAUGGACAAAGAAGCACCUCGGGGUCGAUAACAUAUGUAUAUGGGUGUCCAGUGAGUUGGAAAUCACACGUUCAGAAGUGUGUGGCAUUGUCGGCAGUCGAAGCAGAGUUUGUCGCCGCUUCUGAAGCGGUACGAGAAACCUUAUUCUUCUCAUAUUUGCUCCGGGAUUUGGAGACCACGGACAUUCGGCCCGUACUAUACACAGAUAGCCAGGGGUGCAUACAGGUGAGUAAAGAUCCAGCCAAACAUUGGAAGUUAAAGCACAUCGACACACGGUAUCAUUUCGUUCGCGAUCACGUACAAGAGGGCGAUGUGGAAAUCAAAUAUGUCGGAACGGCAAACAACGUUGCAGAUGUCUUGACAAAACCCUUACAGGGUCUUAACACCUCACGAUUGGCUAGGAUGAUAGGACUGGAGAUCCCGCCGAAGGGGGGAGUUGAAGAUGCGUCGGCAUCUCAAGUAAGAUGCACAUGUUACGGCCGAGACAUUGAGACACGGGAGGCUCACGUAAGCGAGAAGUACAAUGAGGUACGUAAUUGUUGUCAUGGUGACAGCACAGUGGCACCCGGUAUCAUAGCAACACAGGAGUACAAAUGA